AUGAGCGACGAAAGUAGUGAUAAUGACGUAGGGCCUGAUACCGAGUUUAUCAUACAAACACGUUCAAGAAGGUCUAAUGCCGGUAAUAAACUACAGAAAUUACUGGAGCAAGAACUGAGGGAUAUAGAAUCGACCAAAAGACAGUUGUCCUCCUUUAAAAACGAUGAUAAUGAAGAAGACGAAAUUGGACUGCUGUUCCAAGAAGACGAUAAUGACGAGGACUUUGAAAUAAUGGAGAAAGAUGCCGGCGAUGAGGACGAAGGAGAAGAAGAGGAUGAGGCGCAGAGCAUAACAAAAGAAACCCCCAAGACUUCAAGUGAUCAUGUGGCGGAUGACUUGAUGUUCAGCAGUAGUGAAUCUGAAGAUUCUAACAACAACGAAGAUGACGAUGAUGCAGAGGAAAGGGAAAUACGAAGACAAGAGUUACUGUCAAGGAAAAAAAGAAACAAGAAAUUACAGAAGGGACCCGUAAUAGUCAAAAAGCAAAAGCCUAAAGCUGAGCCUGUAAAGGAGCAAGCCACACGAAAAUCACACCAUAACCAUGAACAAUUGAAUGCAGAGACAUUACUAUUAAAUACGAGAAGGACCUCUAAAAGAUCAUCUGUAAUGGAAAAUACGAUGAAAGUUUAUGAGAAACUAUCUAAAGCUGAAGUGAAGAGGAAAGUCAUACAAGAAAGGAUAAGAAAACACAAGGAACAAGAAUCUAAGUAUAUUUUGACGCAAGCCGAGAGACUAAGAAUUGCUAAGGAGACUGAAAAGUUGAAUAUUUUGUCGUUAGAUAAGUUCAAAGAAAAGGAAAUUUGGAAAAAGGAGAAUCGGUUAGCUUUGCAGAAAAGACAAAAGCAAAAAUUCCAGCCAAAUGAGACUAUACUUCAGUUUUUGUCUACCGCAUGGCUGAUGACGCCAGUAAUGGAACUGAAUGAUCAUGCGUAUUGGCAAGAACAGUUGAGUAAACGUGACAAAAAGAAGAAGAAAUAUCCAAGGAAACCACGGAAGAAUCCAAGUCCCAGUCAACAGAAUGCACAAGAUAAUAAGAAGGAGGAAAGUGAAGGGUUCAGAAAGGAUGAAGAUAGCGUGAAUCCUGUAGAAAAUGAGUCUACGACUCUGAAAAAGCAAGAAAUGAUCAAAACAGGUGAAACGUCUCCUAUUAAUGAUGCCGGUAGAGAAGGAUUGAUUCCGAGUGCAGCAGUGUCAACCGAAAGACCUGAAGAAAUGAAGUCAGACCCAACGCCAGGUACCACCUUAGAUGCGACUGCGGACAAGCAAAACUUCGUUUAUCUGUCAUGUAACGGUCAAUCACAUGAGGAUACAGUGACCACUGCCGGCAGUUUUACCGGUUCUGAUGGGAUAGUGCUAAAUACACAAAUCAAAGAUAUAAAAAACGAACUAACUAGUAUUUCAGGAAAUGCGGAAAGUGAUUCAAAAGAAUCAUUGCUUGGUGACGAAACAGUAUCACAGAAUGAUGAUGAUGAUGAUGAUGAUGAAUUGGUGAAAUCAUCACAACCAGGCUCUACUGGCACUGACGAUAAUCUAUUGAUUACUGCAGAUACGGAGAUAAAAGAGGAGAUUGCGCCCGUUGAAAAGAAUGAAAACAUCAAGGAUUCACCACGUGAUUCGUCACAUGAUAUCAAAGAGAGCAGUGAAACUGGUACUUUGAAGCAGGUGACGUUUACCGAUUCUCCACAGGUAGCCAUCAUUGACACUGAAGAGUCCCCCUCGAAAAAAACUAUCACUGAAGUCGAUGGUUCUUCCACGGAAUAUUAUUUACCAACACCAACUUACGAAGGUCCUGAACAAUUAAUAUCCAGAAAUUUUGUCACACUUUAUGAUUUCCCCAAUACGCCGCCGAAUUUGAAGGAUUUCAAUACAAAUUUAUUUGGUUCUCAAUGGUCUCACGCAAAUAGCGCGCCUACCACUACGCAGCGUUCACAAAAUGUACAAACUAUUUUUCACUCCAUCUUACCCUCACAGUCUCAGUCAGCAGUGCCGUCUUUUAACGUUGAUAUAUCUCUUGACUUAUCAGCCGUAGCUAAUUUUCCAUCUUUUGGCGAAUAUGAUAAGAAAAUUGUUCAUCAAAUUAGCACGGAAGCGAACAAGGAUUUGGAAAUCAAAAUCAAAACGCUACCUCCAACCGGUGUCUUCUUAGCGAAUGGAAUAAGAAAGAAAUGCUUAAUCACAAACAAAGAAUGUCAGUACUUCGAUCCAAGAACCGGAGUGCCAUAUUCUGACGUGGAAGCUUACAAAAUUAUUCAACGGAUCCAAGAUCCCAUUUCUAAGGAAGAGGAAAGAGCUGAUGUUAAGCACGAUGAAACGACGAACGAUGAUGCUGUUGAUCAAACAAGGUUCAAAUGGUUUGGCUUCAAAAAUGGUGGUAUUUAUCUUGAUUUAGAUCAAAGACCUGCAAAAGGCGUUCCUGAAGAGUUUUAA